AUGGAACUGAGAUCAAGACAGUCUGAAGAUAGCAAAAUCGUCUACCAUAGUGGCAAGAAUCAGGACAUGAUUCUCGUGUUGAGGAACCUUCAAUGCGGUGAAGUUGAGAGGAAAUACAAUAGUGACGGACGCAAGGACGAGUAUGGGGCUAACUAG